AUGGCGCAUCUUACGAAUCCUCUUGUGACCCCUGAGCAGCUCGUGUCAUCCACGCGUAUCAAUGAUGCGCUUCCUCGAUCUGCUCAGGACCUAAUCCGCUUCUCCACUGCUAGACUCACACAAGCAGCUGGCAUCCUUCUCCGGCUUCCACAGAGUGUCAGUGCCCAGGCGGUUGUGGUACUUUACAGAUAUUGGGCGAUUGAAGAAUUGACACGCGAUGAAUUUAAGGAUAUCUCAGCAGCUGUGGUUUAUUUAACAGCCAAAGUUUCAGCGCACCCGCGCUCUCUUCGGUCUAUUGCAAACGUCUACACCUACCUCUACUCCUCCUCCUCGGCUUUAGCGUCAGUCCAGUCGCCGGAUUCAAAGAGCCCGCCUGACCCAGCGACUUAUUAUUUAAGUCCUAGCUCAUACACGAGUUUUACGAACCGCAUUUUACUACUGGAAGGUCACGUUUUGAACGCUCUAGGUUUCGGCGUGCACGUGGCCCUACCUCACCCCCUGGCGAUCACCUACCUCCAGACGAUGGACAUCUUCUCCGCCGCAUACUCGAAAUCUACAGGUCCCAAGCUCGCGCGCCGCGCUAUAGCUCUCUUAAAUACGGCACUACUGUCUCCUCAGAUGCUGUAUCUCACACAUCAACCAAAUGCACUGGCAGUUGCAGCAAUCUACUUAGCCGCAAGAGAGGAAGGUGUGAAUUUGCCAAGUGUGGAAUGGUGGGAGGUCUUCGACGUCGAACGCGAAGAGCUGGGCUUUCUCGUCGUCGCUUUUCUGAGCCUCCAGGGCUGGUGCGCAGAGAUGGGUAAGGAAGCUAUAGGGGCGAUAAGGAAAGUGGACAUUGCGAAGUUGGCUGGGAGAGAGGUCGAUGAGGAAGCGGAGAUGGCGAUGAUGCUGGACGAGAAACCUGUUUGA